AUGUCACCGGUAUCAUUUAAUGUAAAUCCUGAAUAUGCACAAAUUACGGAAAUUGUUCGUGGCUUAUUCAUUUGUGGUGUGAGCUCAUUAACAGCUGAGAACAUGAAAAAAUAUGAUAUUUCAUUUAUUGUUAAUGCUACCACAGAGGUACCAAAUGUGCAAUCAUUGGGUAAUAUUCCGCGAGUGAAAUUGUGGCUUGAAGAUAUGCCGGAAGCAUCUAUUUAUCCACUAAUCGAUCAACAAGCUGAUCAAAUUGAAGCAAUGAUAAAAAGUGGUGGUAAUGUAUUGGUGCAUUGUGUGGCUGGAAUAUCACGAUCUGCUACUAUUUGCCUUGCAUUUCUUACUAAAUUCCGAUGCAGAUCACUCAGAGAGGCUUAUAAAUUGAUGGCUGAAAAACGACCAGUUGUUAGGCCGAAUAUAGGAUUCUGGCGACAACUUAUUGUUUAUGAACAGGAUAUCAAACGAAGUAUAGGAACAGUUCAAUUAAUCAGAGAUAAAAUACACGCUGGUCAAAUUAUACCCGAUGUUUAUUUCGACGUUGGAAUCAGAAUUCAAAAAUCAUCAUCUGCAAGAGACGCUAAUGAGGACGAAAAUGGAUAUAGUUAUGAGAAACAAAAUCGACGUAAUUCAGGUGGCAAAUUGAAAUUUCAGCCAGUAUUGGAACCGGUUCUUGAAUGUGUCGAAGUUAUUUCAUAG